AUGGCUUUCGGUGCUCAAAGAGGCGGAAGAGGCGGUUCUAGAGGCGGUUCCAGAGGAGGUUUCGGCGGUGGCCGUGGCGGUGCUAGAGGUGGUUUCGGUGGUGGCCGUGGUGGAUCCAGAGGAGGUUUCGGUGGUGCCAGAGGUGGUGCUAGAGGAGGUGCCAGAGGUGGCGCUAGAGGAGGUGCCAGAGGCGGUGCUAGAGGUGGCCGUGGUGGUGCUAGAGGUGGUGCCAGAGGUGGUGCCAAGGUUGUCAUUGAGCCUCACAGACACGCUGGUGUUUUCAUUGCCAGAGGUAAGGAGGAUUUGUUGGUGACCAGAAACAUGGCUCCAGGUGAAUCUGUGUACGGAGAGAAGAGAAUCUCCGUGGACGAGCCAGCUAAGGAGGAGGGCGCUGCUCCAACCAAGAUCGAGUACCGUGUGUGGAAUCCUUUCAGAUCCAAGUUGGCUGCCGGUAUCAUGGGUGGUAUUGAUGAGUUGGGUAUUGCUCCAGGCAAGAAGGUUUUGUACUUGGGUGCUGCUUCCGGUACCUCUGUCUCUCACGUUUCCGAUGUUGUCGGCCCUGAGGGAUUGGUUUACGCCGUCGAGUUCUCUCACAGACCAGGUAGAGAAUUGAUCUCCAUGGCCAAGAAGAGACCAAAUGUCAUUCCUAUCAUUGACGAUGCUCGUCACCCACAGAAGUACCGUAUGUUGAUCGGUAUGGUUGACGCUGUGUUUGCCGAUGUGGCCCAGCCUGAUCAGGCUCGUAUCAUUGCCUUGAACUCGCACUUGUUCUUGAAGGACCAAGGUACCGUUGUCAUUUCUAUUAAGGCCAACUGUAUUGACUCUACCGUCGAUGCUGAGACUGUUUUCGCCAGAGAGGUUCAGAAGUUGAGAGACGAGAGAAUCAAGCCUUUGGAGCAGUUGACUUUGGAGCCUUAUGAGAGAGAUCACUGUAUCGUUGUUGGACGUUACAUUAGAAGCGGCUUGAAGAAGUAA